AUGGGGGGGACGAAGAUCCAUGACUGCCAGCCACUCGUAUUGCCAAGGAAGGCCUCAGAGGUUUUCAACAGCUGGUUGGAGGGACCCUACAGUACCUGGGUGAAGGUGAUUUAUAUCAGUUUCUUCUUUGGCGCUGGUGUGUUGGGCCUGUGGGGCCUAGCCAAGAACUUGGAGACUCUGCGAGAUGAGCACGAAGCGAAGGUACAGGAGGUCCUUGCAGAGAAGAUGGCCACCUCGGGGCAGGCAAAGGAAGACAAGGCUGCAGCGGCUUCGUGUAAAAGACGUACCGGCAAAGAAGGCCAGUCCUCUGAAAACUCGGACGGAUGA